CUGACGUCACGCGCCUGCCUUGGCUUAUUAUUGCAUUAACUAUUUUCUGUAGUAGCAGCACCAGUGAGCUUUUCCAGUGCCUGCCGCUUAACGUGGAGACAAAUACGAGGGAGAGGGGGAAAGAGGAGGGGUGAGGGACAAAUUAAUCUUGGGCCACAGCGGUGGCACAGCGCGAGACGGCAAAGCGUUGCAGCGAAGAUAUUAUUUUGCUCGUUCGCUUGAAACGGGCGGCGGAGACAGAAUGGAUCUACCUGCCGUCGGGGAGCAUGUGUUCGCGGUGGAGGGCAUCGAAAAGAAGCGCCUACGGAAGGGCAGAAUCGAGUAUCUGGUGAAGUGGCGAGGAUGGUCAGCCAAAUAUAACACAUGGGAACCCGAGGAAAACAUUCUUGACCCGCGCCUUCUUGUGGCUUUCCAAAACAGAGAAAGGCAGGAGCAAAUGGUGGGAUAUCGCAAAAGAGGGCCUAAACCCAAACACCCCCUUGUCCAGCUUCCUGCGUUUGCUCGUAGAUCAAGCAUCCUGGGUGGUCUUGAGGACACAUCACUGGAUGAGGAGAACCAGCCCAAAGUGGAUCCCCUUCAGCUCCACUGCCCACGGCCGCAGCACUACCAGCUGAACAGCAAAAAACACCACCAGUACCAGCCCAGCUGCAGGGAGAUCUCCGUAGAACAACAUGUGAGCGUGAAAAAGAAGCACUUCUACCAGCUGAACAGCAAGAAACAUCAUCACUACCAGCCAGACCCCAAGAUGUACGACACGCCACUCACGGGACCUAAAGAGGUCAAGGUUCAAGACCCUUCCAGCAAAGUUUGGAACCUCCCUCCAGCCUUGCAACAGAAGUGGAUUCAGAACAAAGACACCGCCUGCCUGAGUAAAGUGAAAGAUCUGUCUAUCGAGCACAAGGGCCUGCCGGAUAAUGCUAACAAAUCGGAGCGGGCACUCAAGACGAGAGCCAAAGAGUUUGCAUUUCCUAACGGCAUCAGCAGCAAGAUGAAAAUAAUCAAGAACAAAAACAAAAACGGACGGAUUGUGAUUGUAAUGAGCAAAUACAUGGACAAAGGUGUGCAUUCAUCUAAAGUUAAAAACAAGGAUGUUUCUGAAGUGGAAACGCAGCACAAUGAGGAACCUACACUGAAUAAAACGGACAAUCUUUCUGAUGGUGAAACUUCAGAAGGCCUUGAGAAUGGCGCUGUUGAGAACACCAACACCAAGGGAACCCGAGGAAAACAUUCUUGA